ACCUUGGCACAUCUAUCAUCAGUGAAGUGAGCUGAAGUGAAUCUGCUCUUUGCUCUGCUCAAAAUCCUCGAGUCAUUCGUUGAUUCGUAUGUUCGGUUAGAAUUGAGUGAGUACAGAUCAUUGUGAAAUAAUGGAUGAAAUGAGUGUGAUUGUGCCCGAUAAGGAUGUGACAGAAAUGGAUUGCAAACCCAUAACUGGGCAUUAUACCGGCGGUGGAGACGAAUUGGAUAUCGAAGAUCUCUAUACAAAGUAUAAGAAAUUACAAAGAAUGCUGGAAUUUCUUGAAGUUCAAGAAGAAUAUAUCAAGGAUGAACAACGGAACUUGAAAAAAGAAUAUUUACAUGCCCAAGAAGAAGUAAAGCGCAUACAGAGUGUACCUUUAGUUAUUGGGCAGUUUUUAGAGGCUGUAGAUCAAAAUACUGGUAUAGUAGGCUCUACUACAGGCUCCAAUUAUUAUGUACGUAUUUUGUCUACGAUCGACAGAGAAUUGUUAAAGCCUUCAGCCAGUGUAGCACUUCACAAGCACAGUAAUGCCUUGGUAGAUGUUCUACCACCAGAAGCUGACUCGAGUAUUUCUAUGUUGCAAGCAGAUGAAAAGCCUGAUAUACAAUACAGCGAUAUCGGCGGUAUGGAUAUGCAGAAACAAGAGAUCAGGGAGGCAGUAGAACUACCUCUUACUCAUUUUGAACUAUACAAACAAAUUGGAAUUGAUCCACCCAGAGGUGUACUCAUGUAUGGUCCACCAGGGUGUGGUAAGACUAUGCUUGCAAAGGCUGUGGCUAGGCACACUACAGCUGCAUUUAUUCGCGUAGUAGGCUCCGAGUUUGUACAGAAGUACUUGGGCGAAGGGCCUAGAAUGGUCAGGGACGUCUUCCGUUUAGCCAAGGAAAAUUCACCAGCUAUCAUUUUCAUAGAUGAAAUUGAUGCUAUAGCCACAAAAAGAUUCGAUGCUCAGACCGGAGCCGAUCGUGAGGUGCAGCGUAUCCUGUUGGAGUUACUUAAUCAAAUGGAUGGUUUCGAACAGACGACUAAUGUAAAAGUUAUAAUGGCUACAAACAGAGCGGAUACGUUGGAUCCCGCUUUGCUGCGUCCGGGCAGAUUAGAUAGGAAGAUCGAGUUCCCUCUGCCCGAUCGUCGACAAAAGCGUCUGAUCUUCUCAACGAUCACCGCAAAAAUGAAUUUGAGCGAAGAAGUGGAUCUGGAGGAUUAUGUCGCACGACCAGAUAGAAUUUCUGGCGCUGAUAUAAAUGCAAUUUGUCAGGAAGCAGGAAUGCACGCGGUUCGCGAAAACCGUUACAUAGUUUUGGCGAAAGAUUUCGAGAAAGGUUACAAGAAUAACAUUAAAAAAAGCGAAUCCGAGCACGAAUUCUAUAAGUAAGAAGAAGAAAAUAUACUCUCGCAUCGCGUUUUUAUAUUUUAUGGUUCCACUUGUGAGUUCAUGUAUUACUAUGAUCUAAUAAUCAAUAUAUGUUUACACAAACAUUUUGGGUGUUAUAUACAUACUUAUGUAACGCGGAAUACUAGAAAUUACCCCAAAAUUAUUCCAUAUGAAUACAUACAUAAAAUACACAGUAUUUUGUAUAGCGUGUAUGCGUGCUGUGUGCCUUUGUUUUAUUCUCCCUGAUCUUUAAUUGAUUUGUAUUUCCUUAAAUAUUUUAAUCUAUAGUUUAAUCGUCAUCUAUUUGUUAUGCAAUUAUACAAUUGAAAACAAUAACAUUGUUCGAAUGAAUCUGUUGCAAAUAAAUUGAUUGAGUGUAUCCUA